GAAAAACAAAACAUUUUAGUCUACUUUAACAACAAAACGCGUUGAAAUUAACGAGAUGGGAUUCAACGGAAAUUUUGUUACAACGAAGACUUACUUCGAUUUCUCCAAUAAAGUUUCUUUUGUUGGUUUGAAGCAGUUUAUGUACGGAAACACUUUCACAGUUCUCGAUGCUUUCUGGGUUUCUCUCUGUAAUCUAUUCUUCUUCCUUCUCGUCUCUGUUACUUCCUUCAUCUUCAGAGUUAAUUCAGACAAAGAGACAAGCUUGGUCAUUUUUCAGAAACACAACAACCCAAAAGAGUCCUCUGUUAAUUCAGACAAAGAGACAAGCUUGGUCGUGGUUAAGCAACACAACGACUCAAACGAGUCCUCUGUUUACGGAGAUCAGAAGCAAAUUGGAUUCCACGAUGUUGACAAGAACGAUGCGAGUUCGAUUCUCCAUGAGAGUUCUCUGGUUUCGAUCAGCAAGAGAUGCGAAUUUUUCUCCGACAAAAGUAUCGUUGGCUUUGUAGAAGAACCUAAAGCUGUUUGCUUUUUCGUUCAUGAUUUUUCCUCUGCUGCUCAAGAGAAAAAGAUGGUGACUUUCUCCGAUGACUCGAACACGAGUUCCAUCGUUUUGGAGAAGAAACCGUUUGUAGUUGAGAACGAGUUGGAGAAAUCACAAUCAGAAGUAUUUUUCAUAAAGGAACACGUGAAGGAAGAGAUGUUGGUUUAUGAGUUUAUGAGUUGUGGUGUUUUAAAAGGAUUAUUAGCUCACGAGGAUUUUGUUGGUCGUGAAGAAAACUUGUUCGAUGAGGAUGGGUUUAUAGAACUCAACCCAAGUUUCCAAAUUUCUAAUAUUGCUUAUGGACAAGAAGAGGCGGAAGAAGAAGAUAUUAUUAUGCAGAGAGAAGAACAUUUGAAGCUGGAUUUUAAAGAACAAGAAGUAUAUGAUUUAGAUGAUGAUGAUGAUGAUGGUUCAGAUGAUGAUGAUGAGUUUGAGCAUAGUGAUGUGAUUGAGAGGUUGAAAACAGAACUAAGGACAGCGAGAGCAGGAGGAUUGUGCACCAUUCUUGAGGAAUCAGAGACUCCUUUAGAAGAGCUGAAACCACUCAAGAUCGAACCAAAACCGGAUCAGCUCAGAGACAAAAUCUCUGAAAUUGACAAAGUUUACAAGAAUUAUGCAGCCAAAAUGCGAAAACUCGAUGUCAUCGAUUCUCAGACAAUGCACUCCAUCAGUUUGCUAAAGCUAAAAGAAUCAUCUAAACCGAGCAAAAACACUGUUAAAGCACCUAAAUCUUCUCUGCAUCAGAAUCUAUGGCCAUUCAAGAAACAUAAGCUUGAAUGUGACCCGAUCGAGAGACUUGUGAAAGAAGCGAGCAAAGACUUUGAGACUGUCUACGUAGGCCAAGUUUGUCUCUCGUGGGAGAUGCUUCACUGGCAAUACACCAAAGUCUUGGAAUUUGAUUCUCAGGUUACUACGCAUUAUCAAUACAAUUUUGUAGCUGGAGAGUUUCAGCUAUUCCAAGUUCUUCUUCAACGGUUUGUGGAGAACGAACCAUUUCAAAACUCCUCUAGACUUGAGACUUACUUAAAGAACCGUCGCCAUUUCCAUAACUUCCUUCAGAUUCCACGUGUUAGAGAUGAUCGUUCUUCGAAGAGUAGUAAGAAAUGUAGAAACGAAGGGGAAUUCGCUGUAAAGAUUGGAACUUUGAGAGAGAUUAUCCGAGAAUCAAUGCGUAUUUUCUGGGAGUUUCUUUGUGCAGACAAAGAUGAGUUUAGUUCAGUGAUGAAAGUUUCUCACCAAACACAGGUCUCUCCACAAGAUCCUCUAGACCUUGAGCUCUUGACAGAUAUCAGAAUCCAUCUCCAAAAGAAGGAGAAGAGGGUAAAGGAAAUAUUGAGAAGCCAAAGCUGUAUAGUGAAGAAGUUAAAGAAUGAGUCAAAGAGUAGUGUUGGUGUAAAGGAUGAGUUGCUGAUAGCUCAAAUCGAAGUGAGAUUGGUUUCAAGAGUGAUGAACAUGUCAAAGCUUACGACUGAUAAGUUGGUUUGGUGUAGAGAGAAACUUAACAGGAUCAGCUUCAACGGUCGAAGGAUUCACAUGGAACCAUCUUUCUCAUUGUUACCUUGUUAGAGUCUCUGCCUAAAGAUUAGGUUAGAUUAUAAGAUGUUGUUAUAGCUUCAGAUCCAGGAAGAUGUUUUUUUUUCUUUGUUCCUGAGAAAGAAUGUAGAGCUUAUGAAUGUUCUGUGUUCAUCCUAAUUUUGUACUAAAAUCUUGUCUUACUAUUCCCAGUUAAUUAAUCUAAGAUCAGUUAA